AUGAAAGAAGUAUAUUACCCAUUACCAAAAGACGAUCAUACUACAUAUAUAAAAAAUGCCGGAACAAAUAGUUAUAUACAAGAUGAUGGAUUAAAUGGUUAUAUAAAGGGUAAAAAUAAUUAUGCAUUUCGUGAAAUAUACUUAAGAAAUAUUAAGAAGCAUAUUAUAUUACAUUUUUUGAGGAACAUAUUAAAUGUCAGCAAAUUAACUAAUAUAUCAAGAGAUAAAAAUUUAAAAAAAAUAUUAUCAGAAUAUUCUUUUGUGAUUUUAAAUUAUUCAAAAAUGUAUAAAAACGAUAAAGACAUGUUAAAUUUUUACAUUAAUUGUUACAAUAUAUAUAAUCAUAUCAUAUACAUAAGCAAUGCUAAAUCGUGUAUUAAUAUUGGCAUACACAAGAAUAGAGAUAGAAAUAAUUUUAAUUCAAACAACAUUCUUAAUACAGAUUGGGAUGAUAAUAUUAUAAACCAUAGUGAUUAUACUUUUUCUUAUAAGCCUUAUUUUAUGUCUACAAGGAAGAUAGAAAUAAAUAAUAAAAAGAACAUUUUAUUUUUAUUUGGAAAUAAAUAUAAAUUUUACAAUCUAUACAUUUCUUCCAACUUUAGUAACAACAAUGAUAAAACAUGUAACACUGAUUAUUUACAAGGAUUAUACAACCUUUUAGACAAAUAUAGUAAAUCCUCAAAUAUGCCACCAUCAUAUUUAUGUAAAGAUAAAUCAUAUAAUAUGUUAUAUACUAAUAUUUUGAAAGAUUACCAAGCCGAUAUAAUAAAACUGUUAGAAAUAAUUUUAUUUUCUGUUUCUAAUAUUGUGUCGAAUGUUCUUAAAACUGUAACAAAUUUUUUAAAAAUUAUAAUAAUAAAAGCAGCUACACUUAUGUAUUAUUUUGCUAUUUUAAAUUAUAAGGAAACAAAAUUGUCUAUUACCUAUGCACACUAUAAUAUGAAAAAUAAGAAUAAACACAGUCUCAUAUCUAGACCUAGCUAUAGUCAUAAUAAAAACUACUUCAAAAAUAAUUGCAAAGCGUUUAAUGAUUUUUAUAAUGAUGCUUUGCAAGUUUCUAAUAAAAUAGUGCUAUAUUUUAACAGCUAUUUCUUUAAUAUUUCAGCCCAUAUUACUAAUAAUUUAAUCGUAUUGAUAAAAAAAAAUGAUAAUUAUAAUUUUUAUUUUAACUUAUUAGAUUGCUCUAAACUUGAGCAAUACACAGAAAAGGCAGAAAAAAACAAGACUAUCAAAUUUGGGAGAUACAAUAAUUGGAAUAAAAGAAAAAAUAUGAUUAAUUGUUUUUCCAGUAAGUAUUAUAAUAGUAUGCUUGGAAAAAAUGGCUAUACCCAGUUGCCUUUUUUAUUUUUCUAUUACUACAGUAUAUUAAAUAAAAUGAUUAAUAUAUUAAUGAGAAGGAUCUUAGCAAAUUUAGUAUGUUGCAAUUGGAGGAAUAACAGAAAUUGUGAUGCGAUAUUUUAUAUCAGUAUUUAUCGAUUUUUUUUGUGUGCUUAUAUAGCUAUCGAAAUAAGGAAAUAUUUAAUCUUAAAUAUGUUUAAUGUAUAUAACAAUUUCAGAUUAAUUAUUAUCAAACAUUUCAAAAAUAUUGAGAUUUUCAUUGAUACAAUAAAAUGUUGUUAUAGUUAUAACAACUGUAGCAUGCGAAUAAAAAUGAAUUCAAUAUUCAUAGUACCGAUCAGAGCAAUUUUCAAAAAAUUAAAAUUUUUAUUAAUAAUAAUAUUAAGUAUUGCUAAUUAUGUUAAAGCAAACAUGAUGAUACAUUUUUGUAAUUAUUUUAUAAAUUACUCAAGAUUAUUUGUUUCGUUUUUGUUUUUGUUCUUAUUUUUGUGUGAAGGUAUUAUUAUUAUUUAUAACCUCAAAUAUAUUUCACUACACAAAAUAAAACCAAACAAUCGAAAAUUUAAUAUUAAUACUUGUAGUAAUAAAAUAUAUGAACACAUCCGAUAUAAUACUGAGCAAAUUGAUAUUUGUGAUAAUAUUAUAAAUAAAGAUAAUAUGUCAUUAUUUUUUCCUUUUGUAAAUAGUUUAAUAAUAAUAUUAUUUUUUUUAUUAUUAAGCAAAUCAAAUCAAGACCAAAAGACAACAACUACAAUAAGCGAUACAAUGUUGAGUUAUUUGCAUUUUAUUUCCUCAUUCUUUAAUCAGCACACUAAUUGUGUUAACACCAUUUUUAGAAAUGAAUUAAUGAAUAUCAUAUUUUAUUUCUAUCACCAAUUUGCUAGCACAAUUAGUAUAAAAAAUGAUAAUAAAAUGAAAAAACAAACAUAUUUAGGAUGCGUCAUAAUAUCAGAACAUUAUUUUAUAUAUGUUAAAUUAAUUUAUUUUUUUUGUGUAAUAAUAUAUUUAUCUUUAUCAUCCUUUGUUUUGUAUACUUUAAUUUUAAUUUCAAUCCAAAUAAACCUAAAUAAGUAUAAUCUUUCCCCUCACAUAUAUUUAUAUAUAUAUCCCUAUAUUUCCCAAGAUGAAGAUAUAACAAAGAAGAAUGACAAAAAAAACAAAAAUUAUAUUAUUUUAAUUUAUAAUUUUUUUGUCUAUCCAGUUAUUUAUACAUUUAAUAAAUCCAGAAAAUUUAUUAUUAAAGCUAUUAUGAACAAAUCACAAUCUUAUUUUAACAUUGGACAGAAAUGCAAUAUUAAAAAUUAUAUGUUUAUUCAAGAAUAUCAAUUUUAUUUUAUUAUUCAAUUAUUUUUGGAAUAUUUGCAUUGCCUCAUUGCAGCAAUGCCCUCUUUGUGUACAACGCCUGAUUUCCCUUCACCGCUCAAACCGAAAAACAUGAACAAUACUAGCGAUAUUGCAAAAUCAAAUAAACAUAUCAUAAUUAAUCAAAGCUUUAUUCACAUCCUUGAACAAGAUCUAAAUAUGUCUAUACUUGGCAAAUUGCAAUUAUUGCCCCAUAAAAUGCUAAACUUAGUAAGUGCUAAUGCAAACUAUAAUAAUAAAAAUGGUUGUAAUUUUACUAGCGAAAACUUAACGGUUCACUCUUGUGGGGAUACUAAUGAGGCUGGACAGGAUGAAAAUGGACAGAAUGGGACAGAACAGAAUGAAAAUGAAAUGAAUGACCAAAAUGAAGCUGGAACAAAUGACGCUGGACCGAAUGAGACGGGCAAUAGCGAGGCCGGAAGCGGCAUCAAUGGGACUGGAGAAGAUGGACAAGGAGAUGAAGAAGAUGGGGACGAUAAAAAACAGGGAGAUGAUUUAAAUAGUGAAAAUUGUGACAAUUCUAUACUAGAUAAUAAACCUGAAAAAGCUAAGAGAGGAAGAAAAAAAAAAUUAAAUGAUAAAAGCCGAAUUAUAAAUAAAGUUGGAUUAGGAAGAAAAGGAAGAAAAAAAAUGGAUUUAGUAAAUAAUAGAGAUGAAAAUAAUAUGGCAUUUAAAAAUUAUUAUAAUGCUAAUUAUAUAAAUGAUAUAAAUAAUCCCAAUUUUAUACAAAAUAAUAAUAUUGAUGAAGCAAAUAUAAAAACAGUUAAUUAUUCUAAUAAAAUGGGAAAGGAUAUAGUUAAUCAAUUACCUAACCAAAUGAAUAAUAAUUUUAACAUGUAUCAAAAUAAUCGAAUUAAUAUACAAUGUCCACCGAAUUUUAUUAAUCAAAAUAAUUUAAAUAUGAAUAAUAUUAUUGGUGUAAAACAAAUACCACCAAAUAUGAAUAACAAUUUUAGGAGUAAUAUAAUUAAAAAUAAUUUUAAUCAAAUGAAUAGAAAUAUCACAAAUCCAAUGAAUCCACAAAUGAAUCCUAAUAACAAUAUGGCAAAUUAUAAUGUUUAUAUGGCUCUUCAAAAAGGUGCUAUACCUAAUAAUAUAGUUGGAAAUCCAAUUAAUAAAGUUAAUUAUCGUAUGAGCAAUCCAGUAAAUUAUAACAACAUAUAUCCUAACAUAAAUAAUACUGGUCAAUUUCCUAAUAUGAAUAAUCCCAAAAUAAAUAAUGUAAACAUAUAUGUAGAUAAUUUUAAUAAAAAAAAUAGUUUAAAUAUUCCUUUAGGGCCUAACAAUAAUCCUUCUCUAUUACCACCUCAAAUAAAUAACCAAAUGGUUAACCAAUUAGGAAAUAUCAUGCCAAAUAAAACAGACUCUAAUCAAUUAAAUCCUCAACUAAUAAAUCACAUGAACAAACAUAUGAAUGAGCAAACAGGUGGACAUAUAGAAAACCCAAUGAUAAAUCAAAAACAAAUAAACUUUAUGAAUAAUCAUAAUAAUGUAGCCAAUAUGAUGAAUAACUACAUGAAUCAGAACCCAUAUAAUAAAGCUAUCCCUGUAGGUCCUAAUACAUCUACUGGAGUUAACAAAAAUAAAAUUAAUGAAAAUGUAAUUAUAAACAAUAAUAACAAUGUGCAUAUGAAUAAUGCCAUAUUACGUGAUCAAUCUAUAGAGAAUAAUAAAAUUGGAAAUAACAACGCUGUGCCUAACAUUGCUAUAAAUCCAGAAGUACGACGAAAUACUUUAUUAGGUUUAAACACAGUAAAUAAUAAUAAUGAUGCAAACGGUGUUACUACCGAAUCCGUUGAAGUAAACGGAAUGAAACCUGGAAUAGAUAAACCUUCAACAAAUGUACCUAACAAUGUUAAUAACACAAGCCAGAUGCGAAAAAACGGAAGUAGAAGCAGCAGUUGUAGUAGUAUCAAUAAUGGAAUGGUAAAUGAAAAACCUCCCAAUCCAAGUCCAAAUUUAAUGGGACCAAUGAUUUAUAUGAAUAAUAGAAAUAUGAAAAAUGAACAAAUGGAAAAAAUGAUAAUAUAUGAUAAAAUGGGGAUAAAGAAUGAAGAAAAUCAACCUAAUGAAAUGCACAAUCGACCUAUUAUUAAUAAUAUUCCUGGUAAUAUGUUUUAUGGAUAUCAUAAUAAUAUGGUUAUUCAUCCAUACUUUAAUAAUAUGCGUAUGGCAGCUAUGAGGGGACGAGUUUCUUUUGUAGAACAUAAUAACAGACAUCCUAAUAUAUAUGAUCCUGAGCAAAUAAAUAAAGGAAACCUUAUAAAUAAUAAUUAUUUACCUAAUGGAGAACCAUAUGGUGAUCAUCAUUUUCAUAAAAAUAAACAUAUGAAUAUUGCAAAUAAUACAAACUUAAAAAAAAAAAAAAAAAAUGAUAUGAAAAAAAAAAAAGACGAAGAUAUGACUAACAACCAAAAUUUAAGAACGGUAAAAAUGAAUUGGAAUAAAUAUGAUAAUAUAUUUAGAAAAAUUCAUUUAAAAAAUAAUUAUGAACACAUUAUAAAUACUGAAGAAGAUAAAAUAAAUAACUUAACAGAUGUAGAAAAAGAUAAUUCCAAAAUCGAUAGCAUUAAUAAUAAUAUUAUUGAUUCUAUAGGUCUAAAUAUAGAUAACCAAUUAAAUAUUAAUUUUCAUAAAUUUUUAAAAGAAUAUGAUGAUAUAUUAAAAAAAUUAAACUUAAUAAAACUAAAUGAUAAAGCAAAUUUUAAAAAUCAAACUUAUAAUGAAAUAUAUGAAAAUAUAUUCUUAACUAUUGAAAAUUACUUAAGUAUAUCGGAAUUACAAUAUAAAAACAAUUUUGUUCAUACGAAUUUUUACAAAAAUUGCAUGAAAUAUUUAGACAAAAUCAAAUCCGAAGAAAGCCAAAAAAGUGCCGAUCCAGGCCCAUCGGAGAAUGCUGUAAAUACGGAGAAUGGUGAAAAGGUUGAAAAUACUGAAAAUGGAGCCGACCUUGCAAACACUGUUGAAGGAGCUAAAGAAGGAAAAGAAGCUAAAGAACAAAAGACAAAUAAUUCGACCGAAGCAGAUAACAAUAGUGAUGAAGAAAAUUAUGUUAAUAAAAAAAAGUCAAACUUUUUUGAAAGCAUUUCUUUGAGUGCUAAUAAUCGUACUGUUUUAAAAACUCUGUUAGAAAAAAUUAAAGAUAGAAAGCAAAUUGAACAAGCUGAACAGGUUGAAAAGGCUAAAAAUGAUGAGGGUAGUUUGCUAAGAAAAAAUAGCAAAAUGGAAUUAACAAAAGGAGAAAGUAAUAUAACAGAAUCUAGUCUUAUUAAUCAACAAAGCAUUCAAUCUAAAGUUGAUGAAAAUGUGAAUGAAGGUGAUAUUGGAAUGGUCAAUAAUUUAAUGGAUAGAUUAGGUGACAAAAAUGCCAUAAAUAAAACUUUGACAAAUUAUUCUAGAACUAAUAGUUCUCGUUUCAAUGAAAACAAUAAAUCUAUUAUAGAUAACAAAAAACAAAUUAAUGAAGAAAAAAAUAUAACAUAUCAAAAUUUAUUUAUAGAAAAUAUUUUAUCGAAAAAGUAUCGAACAUAUUCUAUCAAUGAAUUUAUUAAUGUGAAAUUAAAUGAUAACUUACGUGAAUUAAUUAAAAUUUAUAAACAAAAUUUAUGCUAUAAUAUGAAAAAAAAUUUAAAUAAAAAAAUAAAUUAUAUUAAAAUAUAUCGAUGGCUUAGAUCUAAUGUAAAAAGUAAAUAUAUCAAAAAAAUUAGAAAACUAAAAAAUAGCCGUUUAAUCAAGAAAAAGAAAAAAAAAAUUAUCAUAAAGCUUAAGAAAUAUAUUCAUAGAGAAAUAUUUUCUGGAAAAAAUGAUUCGAAUUUAUUUGAUGAUAUUUAUAAAAUGCCAAACAUCCAAGGAAUAAAAAUAAAUAACAAUGAAAUCGAUCCUAGUACGAUUGGUGUAGGAAAUGAUACAUCCAUUUUUCCCUUUACCAUACCAAAGUCAAAAAAAGGUGUAAAUGAUUCUGUCAAUGCUAAUAAUACAACGGAUGCAUCUAAAUUAGAUGUGCAUAAUGUUAUAAAUGAUGAAAAUUUAUUGUUAGUAAAAAAAGAGAAAAAUGAAACAAAAAAAAAUAGAAAAAAUAAUAAAAUAAAUUCUAAAUCGAAAUCAAAUUUGGAAGAAAAUGUUAGUAUAUAUAUUCAAAAAGAAAUAAAAAGGAAACAAGAUAAUUAUAUAAAUACAAAAAAUCCAAAAAAAAGAAAAAUAACACAAUGUAGAAAUUUAUCUAUUCAUGCAUAUAUAGACAAAAUGUAUAAUAAAAGAAAUGUAAAACGAAUAAAAAAAUAUAAAAAAAAUAUGAAUAUGAAAUAUAAAUCAAAUGCAAUUAUUGAUUUAGGAAAUAAAAUUGUAUGGAUAUCCUUUGAAUUUAAUAAUUUAAGUUCUUUAAAAAAUAUAAAAAAUAAUUUAUUUGAAUCGAUCUCUUUAUCAAACAUACAAAAUGCAAAACAUUCAGAAAAUGAAUUAGACAAUUUUAUUAUUAAUGAAAUGGAAAAAUAUAAAAAUGUAAAAAUUAAAUCCUAUAAGCUUAUAUCUUACUAUGAUUAUAUGUUUCUAAAAAAUCGAUUAAACUUUGUAAAAGUUCAAUACAAAAAAAAAAAAAAUGUUAUAAAAAAUGAAAACCAUCUCCUUCGUUUGGUAAAUAAUAAAAAUGAAAAUAAAGAUAGUACCAAUCAAACUACUAAAGAAGUUAUGUUAAAAGGUGAGGAAAACGAGAACAUCACAUCAAUUCAUAAUGUCACUGAAUCGGAUCUAAACAAUCUAGAAAAAAAUGAAGAAAAUGGAAAUGAUUCUAAAAUGUUUAAUAAGAAUGAUAAGAGAAAAAAAAGUUUACAAGAGUAUAUAGAUUUAUUUCCAAUUAUGGAUAAAAAAAAACUUAACUCUCACAUUAAUUUGAAUUUAAAUAUAGAUAAGAAUGGUAGUGAAAAUGAUGAGAAUAAAUCGAAUAUUCAAAACAUUUUCGGAGAAUUAAACUUAAAUUUUAUUACAAAAUAUUUAAAUAAAAAUGUAAAAAUGGAAAGUGCUGAUUUAUGUAAAGUAUCUCUUGGUAAAUCAAAUGAAAAAGAUGAUAUCUAUGAUCAUCAUGAAAAUAGAUUCAAACAUUUUAUAAAUAAUGAAAAUGUAAUUUAUAAUAAUUCUGUUCUUAUUGAUAAUUGUAUAUGGUCUAACAAUCCAAUUCUCUUUAGCAUUUUUGAAAAAUAUUAUUUAUUAGUUAAAAUGCAAAAAUAUAUAUUACAAUAUAAAAAAUGCUUAAAAAAUAAUAUUAAAAUGGAUUUAUAUUCAGAAUCAAAUUUAGAUUUACAUUCAAGUUCUACAUCUGACAAUGCUAAAAAUUUUAAAAAAUUAUCUAAAGGUAAACAUAAUAAAGGUGAAACACUAUCAAAUUUGCUACUUCGUAAUAAUCAAAAUAUUGGAGUUGAUAUUGACUAUGCUAAUAAUGCAAAUACUGUUGGUGCAAGAAAGCGAAGAAGAUCAAAAGGGAUUACAACUGAUUUAAAAGAAAAAAUUGAUACAUCUAAUUGUUCAGAAAAAGUGGCAUCCCCAGACCAAACGGAUUCUAAUCCUAAUUCUGUAAAUAACAAUGCUGACAAUCUAAAUCGUAAAGAUAGCAGUAGUAGUGAUCAAAAUAAACAAGUGGCAGAUGAAGGUUCUAGCACAUUAAUUCAAGAGGAAAAAAAUAAAUUAGACAAGCAAGAAAAUGUACCAGAACAAAAUAAAGAAAGUGAUGAUAAAGAUGCCGAUGAAAUGUUGGAUAAUGAAAAUCCUGAUCAAGUAACUGCUAAAAGUUCUAGCAUUAUUGAUGAAAUUGAUCCCACAUCUAGAGACGUAGAAAUUCCUGAUGUAAAAAAUGUGACUAACGAAUUUGAUAAUAAAGAUAAAACAGAGGAAGAAUAUAAUAAUGUUGCAACAAGAAGUCCAAAAGGAAGAAAAAGUGAACUUAUAAAAAGUAGCAAGCAAGAUAGUGUUAGAAAAAAUAGCUUAACAAAUAUCGAAAUUAAAAAAGAAGAAAAUUUUAAUAAAAUAAAUGAAAAUAAUGUAGAAGUACCAGAAAAAAAAAGACGUGGAAGAAAAAAAGGAAAAAAAAGAGGUAGAAAAAAGGGAGUUAAAAAUAAAAGUAAAUUAUUUAUUAAUGAAGAAAAUCAAUCAACUAUUUGUAAUAACAAACAAACAAAUUUUAAUGGUAAUUUCACAUCCUAUGAUAAUUAUAAAAACAAUUCAUUAUCAUAUCUAACAAAAGAACAAAUAAAUGAAUUAGAAACACAAAAUGAAAAUGAUAUAUUAAGCUCUGAUCUAGUACCUAUAGAUAAAGAUAUCAUUAUUGAUCUAUUAUGUGAAGAAGAUGAAUUAAUAGAAAGUUAUAUAAAAAAUUCUAGAUUUGUAGAUAAAAAUUUAAUAUGUUUAUUGAUAAACAUGAAUAAUGUACAGAAGAAAUUAAGUUUUAUAUGUAAUGCAUUAUUAAAAAAAAUAAUAAAAGAAAAUAAAAUGCCUCCAAAAAUAUCUGAAAAUACUAAAAAAUGUGAGCAAAUAACUUAUAAAUAUAUUAUGUUUGAAAGAUGGAAUCAACUUAGGUAUUCUCUUUUUUAUAAUUUAUUAUUAAUAAAUAAUAAUAUUGGUGUUACAAUUGAAAAUCCUAAUAUAAGAAAUAGUUCAAAUUUAAAUUCGAUAAAUACUUAUAAAAAAUUAUCAAUUAAUUCAAUUUUUGAUUUACAUAAAUUUGCUACUAAAUAUAAGAAACAUAAAUAUCCUCCAUUUGAAUAUAGCAUCUUUUUUAAAUACAAUGAUUUUAAAAAUGUUCGAUCAAUAACUUAUGAAAGUGAUAAUAGUGAUGAUGUUAAAAGUGUAAAUCCUGAAAAAGAUGAUUCUAAAAAUAAUGUUAAAACACCUCAAGAUGAAAUUCAUUUAUUUAUUAAUGACAAAGAUAAAUUUUGUGGAUUUUCAAACACAACAGAUUUAAAUAUUACUCCAAUCUUUUAUCAUUGUUGUGUAUGUUUUAAUGACGACUAUAACAGUAUGCAAUUUGGUGAUGAAGAAGAUAAUCCCCAAAAUCCUGCACAAAAUGAUUCAACUCAAAAUGUUGCAUCAAUUCCUGGGAUUGACACCAAAGAUAAUAAUGUAAAGGAAAGUAACGAAAUUGAAAAAAGAGAAGAACCAAAAGAUAACAUAAAAAAUUUGACACAAACAAAUAAUGACAAUAAAAUGAAAGAUAAACCAAAUUUAGAUGAAAAUAAGACAAAAGCUAUUGAUAUUUCUGGAAUAAAUUGUAAAGAAAAUAUUGUAGAAAUUGAAAAUAAUAUAAAAAGUUGUAAAAAUAUCAUGUUAAAAUGCUAUAGAUGUUAUAUGCAUGCUCAUAAGUAUUGUUAUAUAUCAAUUAAAAAUAAUGAAGAUAAUAAUAGUAUAGCUAUUUUACAAAAUAAUAAUAUUGCAAAUCCAAAUGAAUGGUUAUGCCAAAGAUGUGAAUUUGAAAAAAAAACUUUAGGUACUAAUUAUUUAUAUCUAUUUGAUAGUAAUAUUAAAUGUUAUAUAUGUUUAGAAAGAGGAGGUGCAUUUUGUCAAAUUCGAGACCAUAUGUUUAUUCACAUUUUUUGUGCCAUAUUUUGUGUUCCGGAUUUAUUAGUAAAUACUAAUAUUAAUAUGCAAAACUUUUUUGAAUAUAUUAAUUUAAAUAGUUUGCAACUAACUCAAGAAAUCCAUUCGAUAGUCUUGAAAAAACAAAAAGUUAAAAAAAUUAAAAAUAAAAAAAUAGCCGAUUCAGAUAAAACAAAAGAACCCAAUAUCGAGUCGUCAGCCAAUUCUAGCCACAUUCCUCAAAGUGAAAAAACAAAUUUUGAAACUAAAGAAAGUGAAACAAAUGUAUUAAACAAAACUGAUGUAACUACUGAAUGUGCUAAAAUUGAUGAUGAGAAAGAAAAUAAUUCACAAAAUAAUAAUACAAAUAAAAAAGAAAGAAAAAAAAAACAAGACAUUAAUAAUUCAAAUAAAAGAACACGAAAAAUAUAUGAAUUUUUUUCUUUUAUAAAAAGAGAUAAAGAUACAAAAUCAAAUGAAGAUGAAGAAGAUAAUGAAAAUUUGAAAAAAAAAAUAAAAAAAACAUCUGAAAGUGACAAUGAUGAAGAAAUAAAGAAAGACAAUAAAACAAAUCUCGAUAAUGAAACCAACUUAAAAGAAUCAAAAAAUGAUGAACCAAAUUUAAAUUCAUAUUUGGAAAAUGAAUCACAAAUGUCUUCGUCAGAUUAUCUUUCAUCCUCUUUAUCAGAUAUGUCUUUCUUUUCAAAAUUUUCAUUGAAACGCGAUGAUAAUGAAGAUGAAGAAAUAGAUGAAAUAGAGGAAAAAAAGAGAAUACAAAAAAUAAUAAAGGGACCAUAUAUUUUAAAUGGAUAUAAACAAGAAAAAGCUAGAUGUGAUGUUUGUUUAAAAACACAAGGAAUUUUAAUGAAAUGCUUUAAUAUGGAUUGUGAAAAAUAUAUGCAUCCAUUAUGUGCAUUUAUGUGUGGAUUACAUAUUAAAUGUAAAAAUUCAAAUAAAAAAUUUUUAAAUUUUCAAAAUAAAAUCGAUUAUUGUUUUCCUAGAAUAUUCUUUUUUAUUAGAUGUAUUAACCAUUCUGUUAAAAAAUGUGGGGUUGUUAAUAUUUAUGAAGAAUUAAUUAAAAGAAGAAGAAAAUAUUUAAAUAGAGAUUUAUAUCCCAAUAUAUAUGAAAAUAUUAAAAAAGAAAGAAAACAAAAAAAUUCAUUAAAAUUAAAAAUUCGUAAUAAUAAUUUAGCUACAGCUAAUAAUAAUAAAAAUGAUAUGCUUGAAGUUUUAGCAUAUAAUUUUAAUUAUCUAUAUCCUUAUCAAUAUAGUUUUUUUCUUUUACCUAACUUAUAUUAUAUAAAAAAUGAUAUAUGUGCUGUUUGUUUUACACAAAAUAAAAAAAAAGAAUUAUUAUAUUGCAAAUAUUGUAACGUAUGUGUACAUAAAACAUGUUAUCUAGUUGAUACUUCAUCGCUUGAAUAUUUUUAUUAUAAAAAAAAAAAGAAAAAAAAAAUUCACACAUCCCUUGUCCAUAGCAAAGAACAGAAAGUUAAACAUUUAUCGAUCAAGAUUAAGGAAAAACAAAAAAAUAUUAUCACCAUGUUACAAAACAAAGCUUUACAACUUAGUGACAAUACAAUUCCUACUCCACAAAAUGGAGAGCCCAAUGAACAAGAGAUAUCACAAAAGAUGGAAGACGAAACAACUAUAAAAAAUUCUAACACUUUUAAAGAGUUACUAAAAAAUGAAAUAAACAGUUGCUUACAAACAGCUAGCCAUUUUAAUGAUAUUGAAUGUGUGAAAACGAUAAAAAAAUUUAAUAAAAAAUCCAAUUUUUAUAAUCAUUUAAAAAAAGAAGAAGAAAAAUUAUUAACAGAUACAGAAGAUAUAGAAGAACAGAAAUUAUUUAUUUGUGAUAUUUGUGUAAAUAAUUAUAAUUAUGAAAAUGUUAAUUGUAUAUUAUGUAGUAGAAAAGGUGGAGCUAUCAAAAUGGUUCGAAUAAAUGAUUAUAUAAAAACAGAUAAAAAUAAAAAUAAAAAAAAUAACUUUUUAAAACAUGAAAAAAAUUCUGUUUUCAUCCAUAUGCAAUGUGCUUUAUAUUCACCACAAAUUAUUAUACAUGAUAUAGCUGAUGAAUAUUAUCAAUUAUAUAAUUAUGACAACUUAACAAAUAAAGAACAAGCUAUAGAUAAACAAAAAAGUAAUGUACAUUCUGAUUCAGAAAUUUUACAAUUAAAUAAAGAAAAUUAUUAUGAUGAAAAACAAAAAUUAUUGAAUGAAUUUUUUUAUAAACAAUAUACAUAUACCAAUCUUAAAAAAUCAGCUAAAAAAAAUUUCCUAAAUAUAAAAAAAAAUAAUUCAACAGGUGCCCCUAGAGGUAGACCACCAUUACAUAAUACAUCUAUAGAACCCAUAUCUGAAAAUGUUAAACUUACAUCUAAUAAUGAUAAUUAUGAAAAUCGAUUUAAUAAAAUGGGUUUAAACAAAUCAGAUUUAUUUGAUUCCACCAUAGAUGUCGAAAAUAAAAAUGACGAAGAUGAAUAUGAUGAAAAAAUAAAAAGACAAAAAAAAAUGAAUGAUAUUAAAAUUACUAGUUUUGAUCAAACAGUUUUAAUAAAAGAUAAUAAUAAUGUUGAGCAAAAAGAUUCUGUACAACCAACUGAAAGAAGACGAGGAAGAAUGCGAAAGUCACAAUCUAUACAUAACAAUAAAAAGGAAGUACAAUCAAUAGAACAAUUAAAGGGGGAUGGUGACUACAAAACAUUUUCUAUAAAUAAUCAAGCAACUGGAGAAAUAGAAAAAUAUAAUAAUGAACUAGUUAAAAGUAAUAGCACAAAUUUUAAGAUAAACAAUUUAGAUGAUAAUACUAAAAAUGUAUCUAUGAUAUUUGAUGGAAUAAAUAAUUAUUAUUAUAAUUUAAAUAAUAAAAAAAAAAAUUAUAAAAUAAUAAUAAAAGAUCAAUUAAAAAGAUACUUAAAUAAAAAUACAUGUUGUGUAUGUAAUAUGACUUAUGGAUAUACACAUAAAUGUAUAGAAACUUCAUGUAAUAAUUAUUUUCAUAUAUCAUGUGCUAAAAUACAUAACUUUUUUUUCGAAUAUGAUUAUAAUUUUUUAAAAGCACAUCCUAAUAUUACAAAUUUAGAUAUAACAAAAAUUCCUAAUUCAAUUAUAUUUUGUGAAGUACAUUCAAAAAAUCGAAGAAAAGCAAAACCGUCUAUUCAACUUUUUUCAAAAUUACGAUCUUUCCUUGAACUAGCUAAUAUUGUUGUAAAUCAAAUGAAAAAAAAAGAAGAGAUCAAAUAUAAUUGGAUAAAAAAAUAUUUUGAAAAUGACCAAAUAGCAAUGCAACAAUCGGAUUAUAAAUAUAAUUCUAUUGAAAAUAAAAAUACAAAACUUUUAAUAACUAAUGAUGAUUCUAAUUAUUGUGAAAAUGAUAAUAAUUUUAAUUAUAAACAUGAAAUGAGUUGGGAAAAUAAUUAUACAAAUAUAAAUUCUAAGGAUGAAAAUAUUCUUAAUUCUUCUCAUAAUGAUCAUCAAUAUAAUUCGGAAAUUUCUAAAAAGGAAUAUGAUAAAAAUUAUUUUAUUAAAAAAAAUAUUGUGAAUGACCUGGAUAUUAUUACUGAUCAGCUCAAAAGUGAUGAAAGCAAUUUGUUUGAUGAUAAUGAAAGUGAUAUAAAUGAUAGUGAUUAUAGUGAAGAGACAGAUGAAAAAAAUAAAGACAUUAAUAAUGAUGACGAUUGUUCAAGUGGGGAUGAUUUUAAAGAAGAUAAUAAUUCGGAAUAA